AUGUUGAAGAUUGUUUCGAAUCGAACGUCGGUGCAAUGUAUUGCUAUCAAUACGAAUCCAAUCGUUGAUGAUCCAUUUUGCUUGCAAAUGGCCAUCGCUACUACUUCCAAGCAUAUCCACUUUUGCGAACGACGUAAUGACAAAAUAGAAGUUGUACAAAAAUUGAGUACAGAAGGAAACACUUCCGCAAUGGCAUUUUCACGAUUGACAAUCUGCUUUGCCGCGAAUGGUAUGUACAGUAUUUACAAUGUGACUACCAAGUCGGUGAUCCCUUUGUUCCCGUUCGAUCCACAAGUCAUUCGGCCGCAUAUCUGCUGCGUUGACAUGGAAUUCCUUGUCGCGGGAAUGGAUGGCCUCCUCAUUUCUGUUACGGAUCAAGGCGUUUCUAUCCGACCACCUGCAGUCAUUCCAUCAGUGUCGAUAGAUGCGAUGGUGUGCUGUUCUCCUUAUCUGUACAUUCGUGCUUCUGACGAAAUCUUGAUCGUGAGUCUCGGAGACUCUCGCAUCGUUCAAAGCAUCAAAGCUGCGGAUUCUAAAGUGCUUUCCAUACUUGAUGGAUCAGUUUUUGUCGUCAGUAAUCAGAUACUGCAUAACGUUUCUAUGAUAUCAUUAGAAAAGCAGGUUAGUUGA